GUAUGUAUCAUUUUCAGAGUUCUGUGGACUAAACUCUCACAGCUGAUAAUUUUGCUUUUUAGGCAAUGAAUCGCUCCCUGGCUAAUGUGAUUCUUGGAGGCUAUGGUACCACUUCAACAGCUGGUGGAAAGCCAAUGGAAAUUUCUGGCACACAUACAGAAAUCAAUCUUGACAAUGCAAUUGACAUGAUUCAAGAAGCUAAGAGCAUUAUUAUUACUCCAGGCUAUGGACUCUGCGCAGCCAAAGCUCAGUACCCCAUUGCUGAUUUGGUAAAGAUGCUCACUGAGCAAGGCAAAAAGGUCAGGUUUGGAAUUCACCCAGUUGCAGGCCGAAUGCCUGGUCAGCUUAAUGUGCUUCUGGCUGAGGCUGGGGUGCCCUAUGAUAUUGUGCUGGAAAUGGAUGAGAUCAACCAUGAUUUCCCAGACACUGAUUUGGUCCUUGUAAUUGGAGCUAAUGACACUGUUAAUUCAGCUGCUCAAGAAGAUCCCAACUCUAUCAUUGCAGGCAUGCCAGUCCUUGAGGUCUGGAAAUCAAAGCAGGUCAUUGUCAUGAAGAGAUCAUUGGGUGUUGGCUACGCUGCAGUGGACAAUCCAAUCUUCUACAAACCUAACACAGCCAUGCUUCUAGGUGAUGCCAAGAAGACAUGUGAUGCACUGCAGGCAAAAGUUAGAGAAUCCUAUCAGAAGUAACUGUUAAAAAAGCAAGCCAGUGCCUAAUAAAGCAACCUCUGUAUUGUAGGAAAAGGCACAGUAUAAGUACAUGUGGCUGAUACACAUCUGUAGCAAAGCUCUUGGAAGAAAAGGAAGACUGAAAGAAGCAAGUAGAUUGAGGGGGAUUUUUCAAGAGCAGAAAACCUGCAAUUGGAAAAAGGGAUUGAAAAUUCUAAGCAUCUAUCUGUGCAUAUUUUUUGUGUUAAGAAGUAAAAGUAUUUUUUAUAAAAGGAGAAAAAACAGCCUCAUUUUAGAUGUAAUCCUGUUGGAUUUUUUAAUUCCAUUUCAAUAAUCAGAAAUGUUCUCAGAAGUUGAAUAUGUAGGAUUUCAGGACUGCAUUAUGCCUGUGUCUGAAAAAUGAGCAUUGCAGGUACCUACAUUUAUGUUUUUUUAGCAAAUGUGAUUAAUUUGAAACUUAACAAUUCCUGACUUGUUCCCUUGAGUUUUUACCAUCGUCUGAAUUGAUCAUGACAAAUCCAUUUCAAUUUUUCAGACUGAACUAUUUCAGAUUCUAGAUUUUCUCACUUCUAUUUUCAUAUAUGAAAAGAAUAGAUAAUCUUUAAGAGAUGCUGGAAACAAAUCAUUUGCUUUACAUAUUCAAUGAAACAGAUAACUUGAAAUUAAUAUUAAUUGUAUUUUUGAAAGCCCCAUAUUUCCAAUUGGAGAUCUCUUUAAUUUCAAUCAGUUUAUAAUGUGUAGUAUUGUAUUAAGUGCACUUGAGUGGAAUUCAACCAUUUAACUAAUAAAAUGAGUUUAUCAUGUUUGCAAGUGAUGUACCAAUUGUCUCUGGUGACAAAAAGCUAAAAUUAUUAACACUGGUAACAUAGUAAUGAGUUCUAUCUCGUUAUAAUCUUCUACCACGAAAUAAAUUAAUCUGUCUUAACUGUUUAUAAGAAUAGGUAUUUUUCAAACUGCAGCAUAUUUUGAGGAAUUAUGUAAUUUGAUAACAUUUAAGAGAAAUGGUGACACUUUUUAAGCUACCUCUUUGUUUAUCUAAGUGCCAAGUGCCAGUAAAGAUUCUGUCUUUGAUAGAAUUCUAGAUUUUCUUUGCAAUUAUAUCAAAAUCUCUAGAUGUAGGAGAAUGUGUGAUGCAUAAUUAGAGUAUCUGUCUCUAUUUGGUACCAAGUUUCUUAAAAUAAUUAUUAACUCAUUAAAAAUUAUCUCUAAAUCAGAAAAAAUAUUUGAUGUAAAAUUUAUUAUUAAAAUGCAUGGUAUCUAUUGGUUUGAUAAACAAUUUCCAUUUGCUGUGCCUGAGAUUAAGGUGUGUGUGUAUGUGUGUUAAAGCAGGAAAGAUUUCUUUUAAAUUUACAAGUAGUAAAUGAAUUUGUUAAUGGAUCUGAGGUCACUAGUAACCUCAGAACUGGAGUUUAUCAUGAGAGUUAUAUUUGAAAAAUUGAACAUUAUCUCUAUUCAUGUCCUGUUCUUUCUCUUAUAGUAGUUGUAGGUAUUUUUAGAAAGUAACACUUGAUUUAAAGAAAGUAGCUCCUGAAUUCAAUUUAAACUUAAGUAUAUUAGAGGAGAGAUUUUGUUUUUCUUCCCUCAGAUACCACUUGACAAUGUCUAGAGACAUUUUUGUUUGUUACAACUAGGAGGUACAACUGGUAUCCAAUGGGCAGAGGCCAGGGAUGCUGUUAAACAUCCUAAAAUGUGCAGGACAGUCCCCCACCCCCAGUCACAAAGAAUGGUCUGGCCUAAAAUGUCAAUAGUGCCAAGAUUAAGAAAUCUUGGUCUGCACUAGUUGUUCUGCUCUUAUUUUUUCUUCGUGGUAUACUACUUAUGCUGUCUGAAGCAUGGAGAUUGUGCAUUUAGACACACAAUGUGUUUACAUGAAAAAAUGUUAUCAUUUGUUUAAUCAAAUGUUGAAGCUGAAUUUUCCAGAAAAGGGGGAGGGUGGGGACAGUGAGGAUAGCACAACAAUGAUCACUUUGUUUUCCCUUGAGCCUAUCAAUGAUUAAUGGAGUUCUGUUUGCCUUCAAGGAUUGUUAGCAGCAGAAGAAAGGACUUUGAAAAUGUACAUAAAGGUCUUUGCUACUGUAAAUAUCUCAGGCUUUUGAGAACUACAAAAAUAGGAAAAAUUAAAUUGACCCAGGGGACACACACCUGGAGUUGAGUCCUGUGCUCUUAUUGGCUGUUGAGUGCCAUUCAUCCAGAUGGCAUGAAUGAAUUCUCUAGGGCAGAGAGUACAGUGAGGGCUGGCCUCCUCAUCCAGACAAAAGUCCUCUAGUUGUAUGAAGGACAGAAAAAGAUGAUGUAGUCAUGGUAGACAAUGCUGAAGACAGAGCCCAGUGUUUAUCCCAGAAACAGUGGCUGGGCUUCACAGAUUAAGUUCUGGUUGCUUUUAGGAUCCCCACCAAAGGAAACAAACACAAAAACAAAAACAGAGCCAGAAGUGGUGGUGCACACCUGUAAUCCCAGCACUAAGGAGGCUGAGGCAGGAGGAUCAGGAAUUCCAGGCCAGCCUAGAACUCACAUAGUGAAACCCUUUCUCAAAAAAGAAAAAUAAAUAAUCACAGUUAGGUUUAUAUAUUUUGGUCACUUAUAGUAGUCAUAUCUAUCUAUCUAUCUAUCGAUAUAGAUAGAUAGAUAGAUAGAUAUAGAUCUAGAUAUAUCUGCGUAGAUAUAUGUAGUUUUUAUUUAGUAUGCUCUA